UUGAAUCAUUCUUUUCCAUUCCAGCGUGUGGCCCAUGGCUGAGACCACAGAGCAGGCCAAGCCUUUAGCUGCUUCUGCAUUCCAAUCCCUCAGCGAUGAAGAGGAAGCCUUAUCCACCCAAUUGAAGCUUCACCAGCGAAAAUGCAUCAAGUGUUGCGGCUGUUUCAUUGCCUUCCUUUUAAUUCUAGCUGUCACCGUUCUAGUCCUCUUUUUCACUGUUUUUCAUAUCAAGGAUCCUGUUGUCAGGAUGAACACCCUAACCCUGGACCUGGAACCACUGCUGCUACCUAAUGGGAGUUUCAGUUUCAGAACCGAUGCCAACGUCACACUUCUUGCUGAUAUUUCAUUGAAAAACCCUAACUUCGCCUCCUUCAAGUUCAACAACGGAACAACAACUGUUUUGUAUGGUGGCACGGUGGUCGGCGAGGCGAGGACUCCGUCAGAGAAGGCCAAGGCAAGGCGGACGAUUCACAUGAACGUUACGGUGAAUAUGAUUCCUGAGAAAAUUUUGGAAGUUGCAAGCUGGGUUAAGGAUGCAAUUUCAGGUUCUUUAACUGUGAGCACCAGCACAGUAAUUGAUGGGAAGGUGAAGAUACUCAACAUUAUCAAGAAGCAUCUUGCGGUAGAAGUGAAUUGCACUAUUAAAUAUCAUUUUUUAAGCCAGGAGAUUCAAGAAAAUUGCAGACCACAUUUCCUUUGAGGUCCUCAAUUAUAUUCUGUGCUGAUGAUUAAUUUUAAUAGUCACUUGUUACGAUACUUUUGUUUUGUUUUGUUAUAUAUAUAUUAUCAAUAUACAUACAUGGGUUGCUAAAUA